AUGGAGGGCAGACGACAGCGCGAAGACGAGAGCUGGGAGUGGGGCGCUCGGAAAGAGAGGGCGAGAGCCGACCGUGCGGCCAGGGCCACGUCCGCCCGCGCGGACACGUCGAGCUUGAUGUGCCACAGUGCGUCCCUGAGGCGCUCCAUCCUGGAGGAGAACCGCAGCGCCAUGCUGAAGACGGAGGAGGAGCAGAUGCGGGCCGAGCUCGAGCGCAGCGAGCAGCGCCUGGCAGACGCGACGGUUCGGCGCAGCGACAGCUUGUGCGCCCGCAGCUCCGGGGCGCCAGCGCUGAGGGCCGCGCGCGAGGUAGCGCAGCAGCAGGCCCUGCGCCUGCAGCGCGUGCGCCGGGCCGAGCGCGAGGCGCUGCGGCAGUCGCUGGCCAGCACCAGCCGGCAGGCGCGCACGCGCCCGCAGUCGCCGAGCGGCGGGCGCUGCACGGCGGCGGCCUCCCUCGCGGCGAUGGAGGCCGCCGCCGUGGAGCAGGCCGCGCGGGUCCCGACGGCCUGGGCGGCCGAGCCCGCGCCAGCGGAACCCGCGCUGGGCGCCGCCCCCUCCGCGCCGGAGGCGUCCGCCGGGGCCGCCGCCAAUGAGCUGCGCGCGCCGGCGCCCGCCGCAUCCCCUCGGUGGGCGGAGCCC